AUGGCCGCAAGAAAAUCACAGGAAAAUUUUGCUUCAGCCUCCAUUUCAGGCGCAUCCAAUACUACUCUUACAACAACAGCGCCAUUAACACGUCAGCGCAUGACUCAAAAUUAUCUGUUGGUUUGGGUCGAUGCAAGCAUCGAUCAAACCAGCAAGGUUUGUAAAAAUACGUUGGCACAGCUCCGAACUGUGGUUAACGAUGUUACUAUGUACACUCAACCUGAUGAAUGCAUGCAGUUUCUCGACAAUCUGAAUGAUGAAAAAGCGUUUCUCAUUAUACCGGGAUAUCAAGGGCAACAUUUGAUUCCAGAAAUCCAUGAUAUGCCAUCAUUAAAUGCCAUUUAUAUAUUUUGUAAUAACAUAUCCUAUCACCAACAAUGGGCCAAGGAUUGGAACAAGAUCAAGGGUGUCCAUAACAAUAUCAAGGACAUCUAUGACGCCUUAAAGGGAGGUGUCAAACAAGUUAAUCAGAAUUCAAUUCCUAUUAGCUUUGUCGCGGCAAACGAAACGGUAUCCAGUGAAAACUUGAAUCAACUGGAAUCAAGUUACAUGUACACACAACUAUUCAAAGAGAUUCUCCUUGAAGUGGCACAUGACCAAAAUCAAGCCAUCACGCUCCUAGCGGUUUAUUGUCGCAAAUUUUAUUCGGACAAUAUUGGUGAAUCAAAUAUUAUUGAUGAACUUCAACAAGAUUAUGAUUCGAACCAUGCAAUCUGGUGGUAUACACGUGAGUGUUUUACCUAUCAAAUGCUCAAUCGAGCACUUCGAACAUUAGAGGCUGAUACAAUUAUUAAUAUGGGAUUUUUUAUUCGUGAUCUCCAUCAACAAAUUACUCAAUUACAUCAACAACAGCUUCCAAGUUAUGGUGGUAAGCCUUUUAUAGUUUAUCGAGGACAAGGUCUGUUCAAAACUGAUUUCGAAAAGCUGAGAAAAACAAAAGGUGGUCUUAUGUCGUUUAACAAUUUUUUAUCUACAAGUACCAAACAAGAUGUUUCUCUCGUUUUCGCUGAGAGUGCUUUAGCAAAUGCUGACAUGGUAGGAAUACUUUUUAUAAUGACUAUUGAUCCUCGUGUUUCAUCAAUACCAUUCGCCUCUAUUAAAGAAGUUAGUUAUUUCGAGGUAGAAGAAGAAAUUCUCUUCUCUAUGCACACCGUAUUUCGAAUAGAUGCAAUUAAACAAAUGAAUAAUUAUGAUCAACUUUAUCAAGUGGAACUUCAAUUGACUGCUGAUGAUGACGAACAACUUCGACAACUGACAAAAUGUAUAAGUGAAGAGGCUGAAGACGCGACAGGAUGGGAACGACUAGGUAAGUUAUUAAUCAAAACAGGUCACUUCGAUAAGGCUGAAGAACUAUACAAGGCACUACUUGAACAAGCAUCGAACGAGAGUAAUAAAGCACAUUAUUGUAACCAGCUUGGACUUAUCAAAAAUGAGCAAGGUGUUUAUGAACAGGCUAUUGAGUAUUACGAAAAGGUACUUGAAAUCGAAAAAAGAACUCUUCAUGAAAAUUAUCCUUCGUUGGCUAUUUCCUACAAUAACAUUGGUGCGGCGUAUCAGAACAUGGGAAAAUACUCGAAAGCACUUUCAUUUUACGAAAAAGCACUUGGAAUGUAUGAGAAAACUCUUCCAUCAAAUCAUCCUUUAUUGGCUACUACCUACAACAACAUCGGUGAGGUGUAUAGACAAAUGGGAGAGUACUCG